UUCGCACCGCUGUCCGCCUCCUGUUUCCCCGCUGCUCGCUGCUGCUGCCGCUGCCGCCUGCCCUUAUUUCCAAUGCAGCAGCGACCAUGACAGGCAUCGCCGCUGCCUCUUUCUUUUCCAACGCUUGCAGGUUCGGGGGCUGCGGACUUCACUUCGACUCUCUGGCCGAGCUCAUCGUGCACAUCGAGGAUAACCACAUCGACACAGACCCCCGUCUUCUGGAGAAGCAGGAGCAGCAGCAGCCGACAUAUGUUGCCCUCAGCUACAUCAACAGGUUCAUGACAGAUGCUGCACGGCGAGAACACGAAGCCGUGAAGAAGAAGGUGCAGCCCAAGUUGUCUCUGUCUCUGACAGGCAAUCUGUCUCGCAGCAGUGUUUCCACUCCGCCUCGCCACACCAGUGGAAACCUCACCCCCCCUGUCACCCCACCCAUCACCCCUUCCUCUUCCUUCCGCAGCAGUACACCUACAGGUAGCGAGUGUGAUGAGGAGGAGGUAGACUUUGAGGAGUCUGACAGUGAUGAGUCGUGGACCACAGAGAGCGCCAUCAGCUCUGAGUCCAUCCUCAGUUCUAUGUGCAUGAACGGGGGAGACGAGAAGCCUUUUGCUUGCCCCGUGCCAGGCUGCAAAAAGAGAUAUAAGAAUGUGAACGGGAUCAAGUAUCACGCCAAGAACGGCCAUCGAACCCAGAUAAGGGUGCGUAAACCCUUCAAGUGCCGGUGCGGUAAGAGCUACAAAACGUCUCAGGGUCUCCGCCACCACACCAUCAACUUUCACCCGCCCAUCUCUACUGACAUCAUCCGCAAGAUGCAGCAGUAGAGACGGAGUGAGCGACCAGCACUCUCCUUCAGGCCUUUUCCCAACCAUCUAAACGCCACCAUCACCAGCAAUGGCUGUUUCUCAUUCCGCCCCGUUCCUCUCAUCCUGAUACCCCUUCUCCUGCUCUUAUCCCACUUUGUUAUGACACUAUUUUUGAUUGCAUGGUAUAAAUGUAUUGUUAUUCAUCCUUCAUUUUUAUUCAGAAUGUUGAAUCUUAAUGUAGUUCACAGUUUUGUAUUUUGCACAUUUAGACCAUCAGUUAUCUGUUUGACUUUUUUUGACAUAUGGUGCUCAUUGAUGCUGAGGGCAAGUUGUAGACAAUAGAAUGGCCACACCAAGUCACGAGUAGCCUUGCAUGUGCUGUUGGGCAUCCUGCUUUAAAGGCAGUAUGAAGUCAAAUCAAACCGAGGAAUGAGUUGGAUGGGUUUGUUUUGGAGAAAGGAGCCGCCAUUACCUUGCCUUUUGUCUUAUUUGAGCCUGAAAAUGUGACAGUGUGAAGCAAUGAAAAACAAAAUCUGAAUGUGUGAGAUAUAACGUGACAAAUCCAAGCUGGAAAUGUUUGUACAUGUUUCAUUCUCUAUCAGAUUCAAUGAGUUGUUGGACUUAGUUACUUUUCCUUUCAUAUCACAAGUAUUUCAAACCCUUUUUUCAUCAGUUUUACUGCAAACACUUGUGUGUGAGCACCAAAGGAUGAUCUCAGGUGACGUUUGCAAGCAUUUCAGCACCACAAUCCUGCCCAAGUGUUCUAGCAGUACUUGCGCUGAUCGGUGGGAUCAUGGGAACUCUGCGUGCCAUUGUUAGUAAUGUUCCCGGUCACUUUCCUGAAGAUUUAAGCAGUUUUCCCUGCUAUUUUAUGGUGAGGGAUUGAAGCACUUUUUAUAACAAGUUGCCAACAAAUCAGCAUUUUUUUUUGCCAAUAUCUCGUUUCUGGUUUUGUGCAGUAGCUACCAAAACGAGGCAAAUGGCCUUCAGAGGAGCAGUUUGCAUUGCUCCCAGGGAAGAUGUACACCCAACCUCCAGAGUUUAAGUAUUGUGAGAUUUCUGUAUGUGCAGUAGUUGCCUUGAAUUGUAAACCAUUCCAAUAAGUAUACAGAUCUUUGUAAGGCUUCAUUUUGACAGUUCAGACAAAUUCAUCCAGUGCAGACAGUUCGGACUGUUUGCUGUUCACUGACUCCCGUCCAUGUAUUUAGCACAUUUUGGUUCUCACAGUCCGGUCGUUCGGCUGUGAGAAACACAUGCGCAUCCUACUUUGUGCCAUAAUAAUUUAAUGUCAGUUGAGGGUAUGUAGAAUACCAUUUAAUUGCUGAAAUAAGGAACCCCAGAUCAUAAGAUGUCACAAGAUUGGGGAUUUAACAUUGAGCCAUUUGGCACAGUAACAUCUUCACUGCAUGGAUGUUAGUGCUAAGCAACUACAGUCUAAUUGAGAAUUGUGACAGUAUUGUACUGCCAGUAUGGAGGAAAGUCUUUGAUAUAGUGUACAGUGAAUGUAUUGUUAUGUGUUAAGUGCAUUAAAUUAUAUUUUCAUAUGUUUCUGGCAUAAAAAACAUCAGUAUAAUGUGUAUGAAAAGGCAAAAUCAGAGGUUGUUUGGAGAAACUAAUGGUGAUGUACUGUAUUUCUUCAAAAAGCUGCUUCAUGUAAACUUUUGUUACAUUUAGAAUAAAAAUUCCU